GGGGCGGCGCCGGCAAGGAUGAAUAAUUGAGGUAGAGGGGAGGAGGAAGAGGAGCGGCGGAGGAAGAGCGGGAGGCGGGAGCCGCCCGCGCAGGGUCCUCCCCACUCUGCACCCCACCCGCUCCGCCGCCCGGAAGUCGCUCCCCGCCUCCUGCUCCGCCAACAUGGCCGCGAAGUCGGAUGGAGCGGCGGCCGUGGCCGGCCCGGGGCCCGAGGGGCCGGCGGGAGCAGAUCGGGGCGGGGCGGGAGGGCGCGGGGAGGUUGCGGCGGGGAUCGCGGGUCCGGGACCGGUGGAGGCGGGGUGCCCGGGGCCACGCUACGAGCUGCGGGACUGCUGCUGGGUGCUGUGCGCGCUGCUCGUGUUCUUCUCCGACGGCGCCACCGACCUGUGGCUGGCGGCCUCCUACUACCUGCAGGGUCAGAGCACCUACUUCGGCCUCACCUUGCUCUUCGUGCUGCUGCCCUCACUGGUCGUGCAGCUGCUCAGCUUCCGCUGGUUCGUCUACGACUACUCGGAGCCCACAGGGACCCCGGGACCCGUCGUCAGCACCAAGGACAGCGACAUAGUCGGAGCCGCCAUCAGCACCAAGGACAGUGCUGUCGCCUUCCGGACCAAAGAAGGUAGCCCGGAGCUGGUUCCCCGGCCCGCACCAUCUUCAGCCGGCGCUUACCGCCGCCGCUGCUGCCGCCUCUGCGUCUGGCUACUGCAGACCCUCGUUCACCUCCUGCAACUCGGCCAGGUCUGGAGGUACCUGCGUGCCCUGUACCUGGGGCUGCAGAGCCGCUGGCGUGGGGAGCGGCUGCGGCGUCACUUCUACUGGCGGAUGCUGUUUGAGAGCGCGGAUGUGAGCAUGCUACGUCUGUUGGAGACCUUCCUGCGCAGCGCUCCGCAGCUGGUGCUGCAGCUCAGCCUGCUGGUCCACCGCGGCCGAGAGCCGGAACUGCUGACUGCUCUCUCCAUCUCUGCCUCCCUCGUGUCCCUGGCCUGGACACUGGCAUCCUACCAGAAGGUGCUGAGAGACUCCAGAGAUGACAAGCGGCCUCUGUCCUACAAGGGUGCUGUGGUCCAAGUGUUGUGGCACCUGUUCACCAUCGCCGCACGAACCCUGGCCUUCGCCCUCUUCGCCAGCGUCUACAGGCUCUACUUUGGCAUUUUCAUUGUAGCCCACUGGUGCAUCAUGACCUUCUGGGUUAUCCAGGGCGAGACAGACUUCUGCAUGUCCAAGUGGGAGGAAAUCAUCUACAACAUGGUGGUGGGUAUCAUCUACAUCUUCUGCUGGUUCAACGUCAAGGAGGGCCGCAGCCGCCGCCGUGUGACCCUCUACUACUGCAUCGUGCUGCUAGAGAACGCAGCACUCACCGGCUUCUGGUACUCCAGCCGCAACUUCUCCACUGACUUCUACUCCCUCAUCCUGGUCUGCGUGGUGGCCUCCAGCUUUGCAUUAGGCAUAUUCUUCAUGUGUGUCUAUUACUGUCUCCUGCACCCCAAUGGCCCCAUGCUGGGUCCCCAGGCACCUGGCUGUAUCUUCCCCGAAGCCCCAGGGCCUUGUGGUCCUCCAGCUGACGCCAUCACAAGUCCGCCAAGGUCUCUGCCGAGGACUACAGGCGCUGAGCGUGAUGGGGCUGCAGUGGGAGGUGAGCGAGCCGGGACCCCUACACCACCUGUCUUCCAGGUGCGACCCGGUUUGCCUCCCACGCCAGUGGCUCGCCCCUUGCGGACAGAGGGGCCUGUCAUUCGGAUUGACUUGCCUCGGAAAAAGUACCCAGCAUGGGAUGCUCAUUUUAUUGACCGCCGGCUCCGGAAGACCAUUCUGGCACUGGAGUAUUCGUCGCCUGCCACGCCCCGGUUGCAGUACCGGAGCAUGGGCACCUCCCAGGAGCUGCUAGAGUAUGAGACCACAGUAUAGGCACAGUCUGCCUCCCAAAGGGGCAGGCAGGGCUGACCCCACAUUGACCACAGUGUUGAGUCUAGACUUUUCAGGGCCACCAGGCUAAGUGGGAGUAGAUCUUUGGAUCCAAGAGUGGCCCCACCAUUAGGAUCCCUUAGGGGAGAAGGCAACCCUGUGGAGGCCCUAGGCCUCAUUUUAAGCCCUGUGGCCCAUUCUCUAAGUUCCCCUGGACCAGGGCACAGGGCAUCAACUGGUGCUACCCCUCAUGGACUGCCACACUCUCUUGGAAAUGCCAUCUAAUGCUUGGCACAGGGGUCUUAACUCUCCCUGGCCUAGAUUCAUCCCACAUCAUCCCUGGUGGGUCCACAAGAGAGAAGGCACUGCCUGGGGCCCAAGCACCCCUCAGGGAGUGUGGGGGGAAGGGCUGCCAUGUGGUGGAAGGGGAUCUCAGAGAAGGAUGGAGAAGGCUGUUGAGGUUGUGGGAUGAGUUGGGGGGGAUCUCUGGACAGGGUUGGUGCAGUUCCUGUAGGAAGGGGAGCUGGCCAGGAGGAAAAUUAGAGCAGAGAGUAUGAGAGGGGACUUGGGGAUCUGAAAGUGCAUGUGUUGGCAGGAUAAAGAACCCUGAGGGGUGAGGGCUGACAGCAAUAUGAAGGGGUACAAGUGUAGGGUGGGGUGCCUCUGCUGGGAGGUACACUUGGGAGGAGUUCUAUCAUGGAUGAAGUCUAGUCUCCUCAGGUGAAAAGUCACAAGGUGCCAUUUGUUCUAGAAUGUACAUAUGGGAUGUGCCCUCUAGAUGAAGGUCAUAAGCACAGCAGAUAAAAUGUCCAGGGAGAGUCUGUCUGGUUCCACCAUAGAUGAGGCCCUACAGCCUCACUCUGGCACACUGAGAGAGGACCUGUUGGGGAGACAUGUUCUAGAAUACCUCUUGAUAACAUGUCCUAUUGAGCUGCUGAUCUUUUAUAAGGAUCAGGGACCUGGAGCCCUGAUGCUCUUGAUAGGGAAGAUUCUAGCUUCUACUGUGGGUAGUGGGAGAGGCAGGAGCAUGAGUCACCUGCGACGUUCUAGAAUGGGUGCUCUAGUUCUAGGCUGCCAGGGCCUACGGGAGUUCUAGAUCUCCUUCUACACCCCCAGCCCUGUCUUCUCUAAAAGGAAAUUGUCCUCAGGACCCUUGAGACAUUUCUGCUGCCAAGAGGUUCUCAGCUGGGGGAAAAAGGCUCUGGGGACGUGACAUAAAUUUUGGCUUCUUGCCACCCUGCAGUGAGGUUCUCUGGGGCAAUAUCUGGGAGAUUAACUUGUUUUGCCUCAAAUCUGCCAACGCCCCGAGUCUGUGACCCAUUCCCAUGUCCAGACAUCCUAGGUUGAACAAAGGACCACUCAUCCUGGGCCGUGUCCCUGACCUGGGACAGCCAGUCUUGACUGGGAUGCAAGGUGAUGAGACUAGGGAGCUAGGACGUUUGUGAAAUGCAAGACCUAGAGUCCCUUGUCACUCUCCCAUGCCAAGUGAGGUGAGCUCACCGGAAGGGGACAGCCUGGAACCUUAGGGACAAGGGGAAAUGGGGCUGGAAGUGUGGCAGCCUGAGAGAACCCUAGACUAUGCAAAUAAGUCUUUAGCCCUACCUGGCUCAGCUUUUCUCGGAGUUACAGGUAGAAAACCGAGGCUCAGAGUGGCAGCUACUCUCACAAGGUCCCAUCAGUGCUGAUGUGGCAAUGGUUGAUUUGCUGAGGAUGCAGGGAGGGCUCUACACUCAGUCUCAGUGAGGCUGAGAGGCGCACACAGGCACACAUCAUAUCCAGGAUCCAUGCCAUCAUGCCUGGCACCACGGUAGCUACAUCUGUUCUGCCAGUGCAGAAUGCUUUUUUUUUUCUGCCUCCCAGAAUCCCUGAGAGGCCCCCAGAGUGACAGGUAGCUCUAUCCUGACCCAGGCCUGCUCUGAGGGAGUCAUCCACUCUCUUCCCCCUACCCAGGACUAGCUUGGAGACUAACUCCAUGGCCAGCUAC